AUGCACCCAGAGGCCUCGGAGCCGCCUGCGGGCAGAGCGGCGGAACCCAGUCUGGAGGAGUCGGCGGGCGAUCACGGCGACGCGGGCCCAGGGGUCCGCAAAGAAGAAAUUAAUGAGGCCAAGGAAACAUGUGUGGGUCCUUCUACAAUAUCCUGCCAAAGUCAGCAGCAACAGAGUGGUGACAGUGGGUUAGAUGGUCACUCAGCCUAUGCAAGAAAUGACAGGGACGAUCGAGGCCCCAGGAUGACUAAACAAUUCCUUCAAAAGCUCUGCAAGCAACACAAGCUGUACAUCACCCCUGCCCUCAAUGACACGUUAUAUUUACACUUCAAGGGGUUUGACCGAAUUGAGAACCUGGAAGAGUACACAGGCCUUCGCUGCCUCUGGCUGGAGUGCAAUGGCAUCCAGAAGAUCGAGAAUCUGCAGGCCCAGGGCGAGCUACGCUGCCUCUUCCUGCAAGUGAACCUGUUGCACAAGAUCGAAAACCUGGAGCCGCUCCAGAAGCUGGACGCCCUCAACCUGAGCAACAACUACAUCAAGACCAUUGAGAACCUCUCCUGUCUCCCUGUCCUGAACACGCUGCAAAUAGCCCACAACCGCCUGGAGACUGUGGCAGACAUUCAGCACCUCAGUGAGUGUCUGCGACUCUGUGUCCUCGACCUCUCCCACAACAUGCUGAGUGACCCGGAGAUCUUGAGUGUGCUUGAGAACAUGCCCUGUCUGCGUGUGCUGAACCUUAUGGGAAACUCAGUGACCAGACAUAUUCCCAACUACCGCAGGACAGUCACUGUUCGUCUGAAGCACUUGACUUACCUGGAUGACAGGCCGGUUUUCCCCAAGGACAGGGCGUGUGCAGAGGCGUGGGCCCGAGGGGGUUAUGCAGCUGAGAAGGAGGAGCGUCGCCAGUGGGAGAGCAGGGAACACAAGAAGAUCACAGACAGCCUGGAAGCCUUGGCCAUGAUCAAGCGGCGGGCUGAGGAACGAAAGAAGGCCAGAGAAAGAGGGGAGACACCCCUGCCAGACAGUGAGGAGAGUACCCCCACCAGCCCUAAGGCUCAGGAAGAGCCACCCAUGGAAGAAACACAGCAGAAGAUGGAAUUGUUUGUGAAGGAAAGCUUUGAGGCCAAAGAUGAACUAUUCCCAGAGAAGCCAAGCGAAGAAGAGGAGCCGACUAUGGUGGUGAAUGGGACAGUGGAAGAUCUAGACCUGUCUGGGGGUCUGGCUCAGACCCAGACACCACUGAUGGCCACUCCUGAAGAGCCCACAUCCCUAAUGGCAGCUACUGAUGGAGCCAGAACUGAAGAUACAGAGGCCAUUGCCCAGGAGACCAAGGAGAGGCUUUUCAUCGAUGACCUGCCUGACUUGGAAGAUGUUGAUGGCAUUGACAUGUCUAUGGAAAACCAGAUAAAGGAAACAGGUAUUCCGAAAAUCCAGGUUGUUUCCAGCUUGAGUGAUGACAGUGACCUUGAACUGGAUGACUCAUCCCUCCACACGCUUGAGCACACUUCCAUAGGAUCCACAGGUGCCCUCUCACACAUAUUUGCAGUCUCCAAGGACCACUCAAAGGCAGCCAGGGUGCCUUUCUCAGACAUAUGUAAGCCAACAGCAACAACAGAAUUGGAAACCCACAGUCAAGUCUCCAGCACCACCUCUCCACGACCCCUCAUCCAGGAGCUGGAAGAGGAGGAGCAGGGAGAGAAUGAAUCAAACCAGUUACUGCCACUCCAAACAUGUGCAAGUGACCAGGCACUUGCCCAGUCUAAUGAAGAUGAAGACAGUGAGCUUCCUGAAGCCACCCCACUAGGAGACCAAGCUGAGAAUGAAGCACAGUCUUCGUUGGACCUAGAUGAGCCCAGCACCAGGGCAAGCCUGGAAGAUAUUGAAUUUGGCUUGGACUGAACCCCAAGGCGGUCUACUCUGUUAGGCUAGCAGUGAAGUGGACGAAGGGCACCCUUUCCUGUGUAUCACUGCUGGUGCACUUUGGGAUCCUGCACAGCUUUUGCUCUGCAGCCACAUCUAUGUGCCUUGUACCCAAUGCAUCAGUUUCCCUGGUUACAGAUCCCAUGGUUACAUAAACACUUUAAGACCCACA